AGAGCAUACUGCUGCCUGUGCCCUGUGUGUCAUGUACAAUUACAAUAAAGCUUCGUUCUUUAGAGGAGGGAGGGGGCGAGCAACGCUGGUGCGCGCUCCCGGCGCUGUGAGUGACGUGGCGGCCGGAGAGCGGUGUGUGAGAGGUGGACAUGGAGGCGGUGGCGCUUGUCGUGGUGUCCGUGCUGCUGGGGGGACUCGUCCUGCUGCUCACCUUAUGGGGCAAGAGGACGAGCGAGGCCAGCGUGGCGGAGCCGAGCGCUCAGGUAGCCAAUGGACAAGCUGUUCCAGGAAAGCAGACUGCAAAGAAACCGAAACAACAAAAACUGCGUAAAGAAAAGGUUCAGCAACACACCUUCACCCACCCACUGCUUGCUUCUGCCCUCAAGGCUCACAGUGGGAAUGUGACUUGUUUGGAUUUCAGCAGCAAUGGAAAAUACUUAGCUUCGUGUUCUGAUGACAGAACUGUUAGAAUAUGGAGCACCAAGGAUUUCCUUGAGCGUGAGCACCGCUGUAUGAGAGCCAAUAUGGAGUAUGACCACGCCACGCAUGUCCGAUUUAGUCCUGACGGCAGAGCCUUUAUAGUUUGUUUAGCAAAUGGAGAGGCAAUCAGAGUAUUCAAAAUGACCAAGAAAGAAGACACGUUCAUCUUCUCCCCUGCCCAUGAUGACUUCCCGAAGAAACAUAAAGCCACCAUCAUUAAUAUUGGAAUUGCAGAAACAGGGAAGUUUAUCAUGACUGCAUCCAGUGAUACCAGCAUCUUGAUUUGGGACCUGAAAGGUGAAGUACUUGCGUCUAUCAAUACCAACCAGGUCAAAAAUGCGUAUGCUGCUGUCUCUCCUUGUGGGAGGUUUGUUGCCAGCUGCGGCUUUACUCCAGAUGUGAAGGUCUGGGAGGUCUGCUUCAGUAAGUCAGGAACGUUUCGUGAAGUCUGCCGGGCUUUCGAGCUGAAAGGCCACUCCGCUGGUGUGUGUGGAUUUGCUUUCUCCAAUGACUCCCGCAGGAUGGCAACAGUGUCUAAAGACGGGACAUGGAAGCUGUGGAAUACAGAUGUUGAAUACAAGAAGCAGCAAGACCCUUAUCUGAUGUACACCAGGAAAUGGUCCGGGAGAGAGCCUUGCCGUAUUGCGUUGUCCCCAGAUGCCCGUGUUGUUGCCAUUUCAAGUGUGUCUGAUAUCACGGUGUACAAUGCACAAACAGGAGAGAAGGAGGAAGAGUUCCGCUCGGUGCACGGACAAGUCAUCUCAGACCUUGCUUUUGAUACUAACAAUAAGUUCCUGGUAUCCACUGGAGAUCGCGCUAUCCGUGUCUUCCAUAACACAGCUGGCUACAGAGCUGCUAUUGCUGACAUGAAGGACAUGCUUAAGAAAGCCACUAACAAGGGCACAAAGGACAGGCUACAGCAACAAAUUAAAGAUUCUCAAAGUGCCCUUGACACUAUUUGCAGACAGAGGAACUGAGACUGUUUUUAGCCUUGUUUUUAUAUGAAAACAAAUAAUUAUUCUUUCUGCACCAAUUAAAGAUUUCUGUGGAAUUUA